GGUGGCGGACGUCAUUUCCGCGCGCCACCAUUACGCCGGUGUGGGACUCAGACCGCAGACAGUGCUAGUGUCAUCUGUUCCUAAAGUUCGGUCUUGCUUGUCCCUUGCGAAGCAUGGAGAGUGACUUUUACCUACGUUACUACGUGGGUCACAAAGGCAAGUUUGGUCAUGAGUUCCUGGAGUUUGAAUUCCGACCUGACGGUAAAUUGCGAUAUGCCAACAACAGCAAUUACAAAAAUGAUGUCAUGAUCAGGAAAGAGGUACAGACCUUCCCUUCCCUUCGAGUCAGCCUUCUGUUUCACAUGGCUUAUGUACAUAAGAGUGUGAUGGAAGAAUUAAAGAGGAUUAUUGACGACAGUGAGAUCACCAAAGAAGAUGACGCUCUGUGGCCCCCUCCUGAUCGAGUGGGCCGGCAGGAACUCGAAAUUGUCAUUGGAGAUGAGCACAUUUCUUUUACAACAUCAAAAAUUGGUUCCCUUAUUGAUGUCAACCAGUCCAAGGAUCCAGAAGGCUUGCGAGUGUUUUAUUAUCUUGUCCAGGACCUGAAGUGUUUAGUCUUCAGCCUUAUUGGAUUACACUUCAAGAUCAAGCCAAUCUAGAUUGGAUAUUGUGGACACAAGGCGGGUGGGAGUUUUUAGUUACCGGAAUUAGGAAUUUUCUGUAUAUUGGGGCAAUUUUUAUAAACAAUAAAUGAUGGUCUUUAAUAAA